UUUGUACAGAAAUGCAAAUUAAAGUAUAGGAGCCAUAGUCAUGAUUAUAAGAAACAAAGUUCUUUGAGGUAUAAUUAUAAAAGACUAUGACCAAAGAUGCAAGAUCUUACUUUAUACAGAAAUAAUAUUCUAACAACUUGUGUGGAACUUUUACAUGUGUGUUGGUAAUGCGUUCACAAAGCAUGACCUUGUAAGUUGUAACUAGAAUCGUGCAAAAGAGAUAAUUACUUUUCCAUGAGUCAUGGCCAAUGUGAUCUCCAACGGCCAUUUAUAUGCAUUGUUUUUGUUUUUAUUAUAAUUUUGAGAAGAAAAAGUGAGAGAAUACAUAGAAUCUUUCUUCUUUUAAAUCUUUUGACUAUUGUUUUAAAUUGAUGGUUUAGGAAUUUUCCAAUAUGACAGCUGAAUAAUAAUUAUAAUAAUAAUAUAAAAAGACCCAUAGCAAAUUGUAGAGAAAUGAAAAGUUGGCAUUUGCUUGGCUAUUAUAAAUGCUUUAUUACCUCUUGUCUUUUGUUUUUUUCUUACAACACGUUCUUCUUUUAUUAUUGGGUCGGCUUUGCUUCCUCUCAGGGCCUUUUGUUUUCUUGUAAGACUUCUUUAAGCCUACUGAGCUACUACUGAUCUAUUACAUUUCUUAAAAUAUCAGUUAGGCAUCGAACAGUAACAAAUAAGUUAGUGGGGGUUAUUGGUUGGUGUAUUUUGAUGGAUUUGAAAAUCCAAACUAAAUUUAGUGUUAUUGGUUUUAUGAUUUUAAAAUAUGUAUUGAAAUCAUGUGUUAUUCGUUUAAUGAUUCAUAAAUUCUAAUUCAAAUCAAGUGUUAUUCGUUUAAUGAUUCAUAAAUUCUAAUUCAAAUCAAGUGUUAUUCAAUCAUAUAUAUUUACUAAUAUAUUUGAUUUCAUAAUGUAUUUGAAUAGAUUUGCAUGGAUUUCUUAGUGAAAAAUACAAAUGCCCAAAUCCGAAGAAAAACCUCCAGAUUUGUAAAUACUAAUCUGAAAAAAUUUGAAAAUUUGUAUAUUUUACUUGGAUUUAUAAAUAAUAUAUAGAUUUCGAAAUCAAUAAAAAUAUAUAAACCAAUAACACCUCCUUAAACCCCUUUGAAAAUUGGCCCUAAUAUAACUUUUCUGGCAUGGAAAUGGGCUUGCCUUUCUCAUGGGCCAAAUUGCAACCAUGAUCUUCUCUGAACAAAUAAAUUGUUCUAAACUACAAUACAUUUCUUGAUAAAAAAAAAAGAAAAAAAAAACUAUUCCCUCCGUUCCUAAAAAAUCCAUAUUAUAAUUUUUCACGCUUAUUAAUUAAAAUUGUAUUUUCUAAUACAUUGUUUUUCCUAAUUAAUUAUUUCCAAUAACUUUUAACCAAUAAAAUUUUAUUAAACACAAUUGUAUUUUUUGAAAAGUACAAUUUUUCACUAAUUAAUAUAUUGAAAACGUAAAAAAUAUAUUUUUUUGAAACAAAUUUUUUUCUAAAAAAUGAAUCUUUAAGAAACAAAAUGAGUACAAUACAUUUCUCAAAUUUUCUCGUCUGUUAUAAAAUAAAGGCUAUCAUGAUUCUUUGUAACAAUUUCUUCUUUAUUUUCUUGUUAUAACAAACUCGAGACUCGAGCACACAUAUUUUUUGUUUAAAGACGUUUCGAUUAUUAGGUUAUCCAAAAAAACUCUCAUUGCAUCUUGAAGUGUCAAAACUCAUAGGAAUCCUCUUAUACUUAUUAGAUACUUUCUACAACGUAUUUAUUAGAUCUAUUUGAAAAAUUAAAAGAACACAGAUAGUUUUCUUUUUGUGUGUAGAGGUACAGGUAGUUGUUACAACGUAAUGUUGCAGAUAAACUUUUACUUCUCUUAUUGACUCAACUCACAGCGUUAAUAAUAUGCCUAGAAUUUUAAAUGCGCCAGCUAUAUCGUUGGCUCUACUUUUCUUUUAUAAGAAAAACAUGAUUUUCACAUAAUGAAAUUUGCUGAGGCACAACGAUCAAGAUAUUUAAUUUCAUAUUUAAAUGAUAAGAAAGGGAGCUUCUAUUCUCUCUUUCUUUCUUGCAACUUAAACUGUUUUUUCUUUUUUCCGUUAAUAGUACUAAUCCCAAGAGAGUCAAACCAUCUUAGCCUAGUCCCUAACUCUCAUGUGUACUAGUCUAAUACAGAAAUAUUUAUAAUUAAUUACACUUAAUAGUCUAACCCAAGAUUCCCGGACGCUGGUCUUAAGGUACAAAAGAAAAAUUAAUCUAUUAGCAUUUCAUUUUUUAUCACAGCAUUUCCAGCACUAAUAUUAGCAAAAUACUCAGUAAUAAAAACUUUUUUACAAAAAUAAGAGAGAGAUAGAAACAUAGCUCACUUGAGAAACUUCAAAAACUCUAUGAAAUAGUUUGGAGACAUAUGUCAAUUUAUGAUUAGUUUAUUUUAUUUACAAAAAGUUAUACAAAUAUUAUAUAUGCAAAUAUUAACCCUUUUUUUUUUGAAACACUAUAUGCAAAUAUUAACAUAAAUAUAUAAAAACCUCUUUUAAUUUAUUUAGCGCUAGAAAAUGUUCUCAGUGUCAAGUUUUUCGACAAUAGGUUGCAGCAAGAACCAUCAGUCCGUGAGUUUAUUUCGUGUUUUGUUAUAGCCUAAAACUCUUUUUGGUUCUAUUCCGUUUUAUAGUGUACGAUUUUCAUAACCAUGGUUCUUUUUUUAUGGUAGAGUGUAAAACAAUAGUGGUAUGUUUUUUUGGUCAGUUAACCAAGUUUUAAAGAUUAAUUAACAGUAGCCUGACACAUGAAACUUCGAUGCCGAUAGAGCUCUAAGAUCAAAGAGGAAUCUUUUUAAACAUACACGUGAUUUUUGUGUCUCCCAAGACCAUCUUAGGCGGUCCAUGUUUUCAUACUAUAGUAGAAAAACUUGAUUAAGUCAUUACACUAAUUUGUAUCAGUAAUUACAGCUUGCAUCGCAGAAGUUCGUUAUCAUUUACAAUUAUCACCACAUGCCAGACACAAUCAAUACACUAUUUAAUAAGCCUAGUCAUUCGUAUAUUAAUACUAUAUACGUAUAUGAUGUUAGUAAUGAGCUACUCCAUUAUUUACUACAUAAAUACUCCACUAGGUUCUGAUCUCGUAGUACUAUUUAAUAAACUCCAUCGAAUAACUACUCAUAGUCUUUUUAUUUCUCUCUGUGUAUGAUCUCUCUCGUCUAACUUCAAAGAAGCAAAAAAAAAAAUGAGAAAGAAGGUAAGUAGUGGCGAAGAAGGAAACAAUGAGUACAAGAAAGGUUUGUGGACCGUAGAGGAAGACAAGAUCCUCAUGGAUUAUGUCAAAGCUCAUGGCAAAGGCCAUUGGAAUCGUAUUGCCAAAAAGACAGGUUUAAAGAGAUGUGGAAAGAGUUGUAGAUUGAGGUGGAUGAACUAUCUCAGCCCAAAUGUGAAAAGAGGUAAUUUCACCGAUCAAGAAGAAGAUCUUAUCAUUAGGCUCCACAAGUUGCUUGGCAAUAGGUGGUCUUUGAUUGCUAAAAGAGUGCCGGGUCGGACAGACAAUCAAGUGAAGAAUUACUGGAACACGCAUCUUAGUAAGAAACUCGGAAUCAAAGAUCCCAAAAACAAGCCGAGCAAUGGUGAUAUCGUUUAUCAGAUCAAUCUCACAAAUCCUACUGAAACAUUAGAAGAAACAAAAAUCUCGAAUAUUAACGACAACGAUGAAAUUCAAGAAGACCGCCACGGAAGUAACUACCUGAGUUCACUUUGGGUUCAUGAUGAUACGUUUGAACUAAGUACACUCACCAACAUGAUGGAGUUUCUAGACGGACACUGCUUUUGAUGUUUCUUUUUUUCGAAUUGGUUUUCUUUUCGUCUUGUUAUAUUCUUAGCUGAUCAAACACUGAUACAUCAACGAUCUUAAGCUAAAAGUUGUUGAUGUGGUAGUGUAUGAUUGGCUAAGUCUUUUAAUUAGGUUAACUUUCGUGGGUUAUAUUAUAUAUAUAUGCUUGAAACUCGAUGAAUCAAAUAUAUGUUAUGUCUGUUUCUUCCUAAGCAAUGUGUUUUGUAUUUUCGUGUGUGAAAUGUUCAUAUAAAACUUCUAAAUGUGAGUUCAACAUAUGAAGGAGUAAGGACAAUGGCAAGUUAUAAGUUCUAUCUUAUUUAUAAAAAAAAAAAAACCAUGUGUAUAUAUUAUACAUUAGGUAUGUACUUACUAGCUCGUUUGUUGUCAACUACCAUCAAAUUUAAACUUAUGAAAAUAAGUACUCUUAUGUAACAUUAUUAUUUGUGUUUCCCAAUAUAUUGAUGUUCGUUAAAAAUUAAAAUGAUUUUAAUGUACUUAGUAAGUGAUGAAUUAGACAGAGCCCUUGAUUGCCCUGGUGAUCUUAAUUUAGUAUAGCUAGAUGUAGUCAGAGAAAUGAGAGAAAUUAUAUUGGUCCAAAUUUAAGUUCACGCUUCUCUAUAAAAUUCUAUAAAUUUCGAUGACAGAGGCUGUCCCCAUUAUUAAUAGUUUAAUUUAUGUUCUUUGUCUUUUGAUUUUAUUAUGUUCUUUGAAAGCUUGUUCCCCACCCUUGCAAGAUUUUAAUUAUACAUUCACUUAAAUGAUGCAUGAUGCAUGAAAUAGUAAAAUCUAAAAGAGGAGAGUCUUUGAUGAUCCACAAGGGAACACGUUGGUCAUGUACAGCGGAAAAUGAAUGCUGAAGGUUCCCAAAUUUGACCAGGUCGAUCUUAAUUAACGUAGUUACUAUGGCAGCCGUAUCUCCAUCCUUGACAACGGUUAAAAAAAUAACGUACGCAGAUUCAAUGAAAAAUGAUUUCAUAUAUUUAAAUUUUAUAGUUUAAUGACUUUCUUAAUUUAAUGAACAUUUAUUCUGCUUAUUUUAAAUAUUCAAUAUUUAUUGUUAUUUUACAGUGUUAUAAAUAGAAAUAUGAACUUAAUAAAGAAUAAACACAAUCCAUAGAGUAGGCAUGGACAUUCAGGGUCCCAAUCGGGUUUCGGUUUUAUCCAUUUGGGUUUUAGUUUUUCGGGUUUAUCAAAAUUAGUCUCAUUCGGGUUAUAUAAAAGUUUAGUUCGGGACCGGUUCGGGUUCUAUCGGGUUCGGGUCGGGGUUAGUAAAUCUUCAAAGAACCGGUAUAACCCAUUGUACUUUCGAGUUCGGGUCCCAGUCGGUUCUUCGGUUUAAAAAUACAUGAUUUGUACAUUUUUGUAACUAAAGCAUACAUGAAAUUGGUUCUUCGGAUUUAAAAAACAUGAUUCGUACAUAUUUCAAUACCCAAAACAUAAGUAAAAUCGAUUCAAAAAUAAGAAAAAAACAUCAAAUGUGAUCAUUCAAAAUCAAGCAAAAGAUAAACAUAGUUAGUGAUAGAAAGAAAACCAGAUAAAUGAAAUCAUAAAACAAAAACUAAGUUCUCAUGAAAUAAGAAACAUUAUUCAAUGAAAACAAAA